CUGGAGGACACUUCCUCUUGGAUUUCCUUGACAAACUAAAGCUCUUCCUGGUCCAUGAUGAUGCAGUAGGAUCAGGUCUAGGUGAAGUGUCUCCAAACACUUGCUCUGUCUCCAUCUGCUGGAAAGAGGUGCUGGACUGAGCAGCAUCAAUAGACCGAGUUCAGAGGCAUCUGGGAAGCAACCCGAACAGCUCGUCCAGGCCUCGGUUUAUUUAUUUUGCGCAACAGAAUCUGACUUUACUCAAAAGCAUAGGAGGAAAUCCAGAGAGGAGAAGGUUUCUGUGAUGGAUCCGCUCUCCACAUCCUCACGUAUUGCUGAAGUUCCUCCACAGCGCAGCAGCCACUGACAGCAGCAGCAGCCAGGAGGGGAGUCCUCCCGUCCCGUGGAUCUGUCACGGCACCGAGGCCAGACACGCGCAUGGAACAUGGCUGCGAUGAGGACUUUAACCGUGGCUGGGCUCUUUUUGGCAUUCUGCGCGUUGGGACUGAUAGCCGUGGCGAUCAGCACCGACAACUGGUACGAGACGGACGCGAGGCGGCACCGGGAGCGCUGCAAGAAUUACUCAAACAAAAGGAACGACCCGGGCUACAUUUACAUCUCCAACAACAACCUCCCGCUUCGGAUGCUGCCGAUGGAGGGGAGCACCGGGAGGAAAAGCUCCAGCGUCCGGGGCGACGCGCUGCUGCGGGCUAAGAGACACUUCUUCCUGCCUCCCGCCUCGGCCAUGGAGUCCCUAUGCAGUCGGCAUUUCAACUCCACCAUCACCGGACUGUGGCGGAAGUGCCACCGGGAGGGAUUCGACCUGGAGACGGAGGACCUGAUCUUUAAAGGACUGGUUCUGCGCUGCACGCCAAUAAAAUACUACUACUCUUCAUCAGCGCUGCCCAGAAAUCUGCCAAUCAAUCUGACGAAGACUAUCAGGCAGGAUGAGUGGCACGCGCUCCACCUCCAGAGGAUGACUGCCAGCUUCAUAGGCAUGGCCAUUUCCAUCAUCCUGUUCGGGUGGAUUAUAGGCGUGCUGGGCUGCUGUCAGGAGCAUGAUCUGAUGCAGUAUGUGGCUGGACUCCUAUUCCUCAUGGGAGGGACAUGCUGCAUAAUCUCUCUCUGCACAUGUGUGGCCGGGAUCAACUUUGAACUGUCCCGCUAUCCACGCUACAUGUUCGGGAUCCCAGAGGACAUCAGUCACGGCUAUGGCUGGUCCAUGUUCUGUGCUUGGGGCGGACUGGGCCUGACAUUGCUGGCUGGUUUUCUGUGCACACUGGCUCCUUCCCUUUACCCUCCACACACCCCCGUGGCGCACAAACCCAGACAGGAGAAUGGCUGCGUGUGACAACCCACAGCACAUUUAACAGAUGCCUGUCUCAUCCUGAAACCAUGAUGAGUCCUGCUCUGGAGGCAGUUUUCAUCCAGGGACUCGGCGAGCCUCUGCUCAGCCAGAGGAAAACACCUGGCUCCCACUCACAUUAACAUGAUAAAGAGGUGACAUUUGACUGAAUUUCAGUUCCUCUGGUGCUUUUUUUCAGUCGUCUCUUUAUGAAUGAACUGUCCAGUGUCAUUGCCUGCUCUCCAGGAGGAGAACAUGAUUACUUCUUCCUGUAAAUUCUGCUAGUUUGAGAAGAAGAGACAAAAGUCCAAGAAGAUGGCAGAAGAUGAAUAGCACAACUUUGAAACAAACUGUAUUGAAGAUAAACUAUGGAUGUGUCUCAUCACAUUUCAAAGGGCAAUCAUGUGUAUCAUUACGUACCCAUUCAGAACAAAAUAUGAACUUUUUUGAACUGUAUGUAUGCAGAUGCAGUUUUGUUUAUUAAGGGGGAAAAUACAGUGUUCAGACCAAACUGUGUUGAGGGUCUUAACCCCCUUAUCCAGAAAUGUCUUUUCUUUUUGAACAAUAAAACAGCCAUGCAAAAGUAACGAUUCCUGCAUAAAGGCAGUCUAAAUGUUUUAGUGGGCGUCCCACCCCGACUGGAGUUUACUGGUGUUUCAACAGGCAGAGAGACAGCAGCUGAGAUUUGGGUUUAACAGCUGUUUUAUGCAGCCGCCUCCGAACAAUUUAUGUGUAAAUGUCAGCGGCCAAAAUGUGAGUCAGAAACCAAAAACAAAUGGGAAAAGUGACAGAAAUAGAUUAAUCCAAAUAAAGCAAAAACAAACAAUGAAGUCCUUUUCUGCUCUGUGUCACGCUGAAAUAAAAUCCCCUUUUAUACACACCACUGACACGCUCAAUGAGAAACGAAGUCCAGACUCCAGUCGAGGCUCUUUGAUAUUUUAAAUACACUGAAAUCUGAACCGAUUUGGCUUCACACACAUCCUCGGGGUUUCCCAUCCAGCUGCAUCUCUUUUAUUAUUGAAAAAAUUACUAACCAAAACUGAUUGUGAACUCUCUAAAGGUAUGCUCAUUAAUGUAAACAAGACAAUCUGAUAGAUAAUAAAAAGUCAUUGAAUGCUUUA